UGUCUUUGGUCUCCCUGUGGUUGACUUUAUUGCUGGCUGAAAUUGGCGCUCAGUUAACCCCCCGUAGAGGUCACUUCCGUUUUCUAACUGGGUCAUCAUCAUGGCAGGACUUGCCGAUGUACGGGUCGAAGAGAGUUUACGGAUAAAAAUCGGUGAAGCCAAAAAUCUGCCGACCUAUGUAUAUUCUUCAGGUGGAGGACGGAAUACGUUAUGCAUUGUGAAAUUAGAUAAUGAAGAAAUUUUCAGAACACAAAUUGUAGAUAAAUCUUUAAACCCUUUCUAUGGUGAAGAAUUCCAUGCAGAAAUACCAAAGCGCUUUAGGUAUUUGUCAUGCUACAUUGUCGAUACAGGUUAUAAAGCUGAGAAGGUUAUUGGAAAAGUUUCCCUAAGGAGAGAAGAACUUCACAAAUACCAUGGCAAAGACCAUUGGUUUCCCUUGUCACAUGUUGGCUCAAAUCCAGAAGUACAGGGAAAGGUUCACCUGGAGAUCAGGUUUGAUGAGUACCUCAAUACUGAACCAGAAUCCUUCUCCUCUCACCGCAUGGUUGUCAGAGUUAUUGAAUGCUUGGACUUGACCGUGGUCAAUGGUGCGUGCAAUCCUUAUGCUGUCAUCACGUUAACUUUUGGAAAAUCUCGGCACAGAGAAGAAGUGAAGCGAACGAGCGUCAAGAAGAAGACAAUUUGUCCACAGUUUGAAGAAACGUUUUUCUUUGAUCUUGACAAAAGGAAUCAAAAUGGAGACAGAAACCAAUACAUUUUUGAAGAUUUUCUCAGUGGAGAUGUAUGUAUAUCAUUGUGGCAUGAUGAUACCAAAGUGUCUCGAGAAGUCUUAGGUGGUAUCUUUCCUGGUGCUUUUCUCGGAGAGGUGAAAAUUCCAUUACGAGAUUUAGAUCCAAAAUCGGUACAUAAAGCAUGGUACUUCCUCCAUGCUCGAGAAAAUGGUAAACAGACGCGACAAGAACUGGGUUCAUUACGGCUCCGAAUCUCAUAUACCUCUGAUUAUGUUUUCUCUUCCCACUACUACGAUGAACUCAGGAAUUUAUUGUUGAAUUCAGAAAGUUGUACUCCAAUAACAUCAUCAGCAGCCUUUAUUUUGGGGGAAAUUGUUGAAAAUCCACAAAAUGCAGCUCAACCUCUGAUGAAAGUUUUUUUACACUAUGGAAAAUUAGUGCCUUUAAUUAAAGCUUUAGCUGAAAAUGAACUUUCCAAAACCUCUGACCCCAACACCAUAUUUCGGGGUAAUACUCUAGUCACUAAAUUAAUUGAUGAGUUAAUGAAGCUAGUCGGAUUACCAUAUUUACAAGACACAAUAAAGUCAAUAAUUGAUGAGAUUUGUACAGAUCACCGAUCGUGUGAGAUUGAUCCAACCAAAUUAAAGGAUGGUGAAAACAUUAUCACAAACAUGGAGCAUCUAAAGUCAUAUGUAGAUAAAAUGUUUCAAGCAAUAACAACAUCUGGUUUUGCCUGUCCACAAGUGAUGUGUGAAGUUUUUUACACAUUAAAAGAAGCAGCCAGAAAACACUUCCCAGAUAACCGAGAAGUUCGAUAUCAAGUUGUAAGUGGUUUUGUCUUCCUUCGGUUUUUUGCCCCAGCAAUUUUAGGUCCAAAGCUUUUUGAAUUACGAACCAACAUGCAGGAUGCAACGACCAAUCGAGCCUUAACUCUCAUCUCUAAAGCAAUACAGGGACUUGGAAAUCUAGUCAGUUCUCGUUCACAUUCCUUUGGGCUCAAGGAAGAUUACAUGGUUCCUCUUUUUCAAUAUUUGUCUGGAGAGAAGCAUAUUGACAGCGUUAAAAAGUUCUUGGACAUUAUAUCUUCUGGAUCAAGAGUAUCAAUAAGAGACAUUGAAGCCCCAACAAUAUUGAAGGAAGGUAUGAUGAUCAAAAGGGCCCAAGGACGUGGUAUUUUUGGUGUCAAGAACUUCAAACGUCGUUAUCUCUGUUUAACAAAUCAAAGUCUAUUCUACUCCCGAGAAAAGGGUGAUGAAGUUCUGUGUGAAAUCCCUAUUCAUAACAUAUGGGCUGUCGAACGGUUACAAGAGGAGUCAUUCAAAAUGAAAUAUAUGUUUCAAGUCGUACAACCAGAAAGAGCCCUGUAUAUACAAGCUAACAACUGUGUAGAAGAAAAGGAAUGGCUUGAACUAUUAAAGCAGAUCUGUAAUUCCAAUAAAAAUAGAUUAAAAAAGUACCACCCUGCUGCCUAUAUUGGUAACCAUUGGUUAUGUUGUAAGCACACAGACUAUAAUGCUGAAGGCUGCAAACCCGUGUCUGGGGGACUGCAAGUGGUAGAGAUCCAAGUUGAUAAGAUAGAUGCUGACCGAGAAGUGGAAAAGAUCCAUUCUUUGUACUUCACUGCCAUGGACAAACUGGAAGGAAUGCAAGCUAAAAGGAAGUCUGUCCUAGAUGCCUGUGCCAGUCAAGAAGUUUACACGGGCGACAGUGAGAUGCCUGGGUCAAUGCACAUUGAAGACACAAAAAGCUGUUUUGAGACAGUAAACAGUAUAUUAUCAUGUGUUAUAAAGCUUGAACAGGAACAUAAACAAUAUAAAAAAAUCCUCCAAAAGCAAACAGUCAAAGGUUCUUGUGAGGCUCCCUUUGGUGAUGAGAAAUACUGAUGUUCAUUGCUGUGACAAUCUUUGGCACUAGGUAAAUACAUCAUGUACUGUACAAAUGUUGAUACAGGAGUCACUUCACAUACAUUACACAUGUAUGCGUGUACUGCGUAUGUUUUCUAUGUUGUGUGCAUAUGUAUGAUAUCUGUAUGUUAUGACCAUAUGGAAGCAGAAAUCAAAUCAAAAUGAACUAAGAAAAAUAUGGCCAACACAGAUGAUGAUGAUAGUGAUGACUACAGCAGUGCUUACAUUGGAGAAUGCAUUUGUUAUAAUUUUUUUCAUUCAAAAGCUGAUUGGCUAAUCGGACAACAUUCAGCAAAAGACUGAAGUACUCAGCCUUGCUUUUGAUUGGAGAAUUGGAGGAGGAACAGAUGUUUGUCAUGUACCACUUGCUGAAAACAAAAAAAGUGAAAAAGAAAAAAAACAACAAAAUACAAAGGUAAAAGUACCAUUUUCAAAAGAUGUGCAAAAAAAAAAAAAUUAACAACCAAAUAA